ACCUCGUCACCACCUCCACCACCAUACAACAGUCAAAGUCCAAUUCCAACUCCAACACUCAAUUCAAACCAAACCAUCCUUACAAUUCUUUCAUUUCAGAUUCCAAAUUCUUCAAAAUCAAACUACCCAUUUCACCAUUUGUAUAAAAUGAUUAAUAAUACUGAUACUAAUACUAAAAUGGAAGACUUAUCGAUAUCUAAAAACGAUAAUUAUAAUAAUAAUGCUUUAAUUACAACAUUAAAAAACUCAAUACAAGCACUUGGCAGAGGAUUUGAUGUUACAUCUGAUAUUAGGCUUUUAUAUUGCAAAGGGCCACCUGGGUCUUGUUUAAUUCACUUGGAUUCUCAACAUACAAAAAAUCUUGUUUUUUCAGAUGAUGGUUUUCUCAGUAUUCCUAAUGUUUCUGCUGAUGUUGACUUUUCUAAAGGUCAACCCGACAUUGAAGCUACUCCUGUUUCUUCAUUUCAUCAGAUGGCAAAGUACUUCAAUAUGAAAUCGAAUCUCAACGGCGAUGUUCCUCUUGGAAGCUUCAAUGCGAUGUUCAAUUUUACUGGGUCAAGGCAAGUUGAUGCAACAUCAACAAAAUCACUUGCAAUGAUCGGAUACAUAGUUCCAUUAUUUGAGGUUCAUUUAGAAAUUUCUGAUUUGGUUUUGCUUCAAGAAGUAAAACAGGCAGUCCCAUAUUCGUGGGAUCCUGCAUCUUUAGCAAGCUUCAUUGAAAAUUAUGGCACCCAUAUUGUUACCUCUGCAACGGUUGGUGGGAGAGAUGUGGUUUAUAUUAAACAGCAUCAAUCAUCACCAUUAUCUAUAUCGGACAUCGAGAAUUAUGUGAAAGACAUUGGAGAUCACAGAUUUGUGGAUUCAAAAAGCCAAUCUAGUUCAGGCCCCUUAAAGUACAAAGACAAGGAUGUAACUGUUAUUUUUAGACGAAGAGGAGGGGAUGAUCUUGAGCAAAGUCAUGCUAAAUGGGUAGAGACCGUGGAAACAGCACCAGAUGUGAUCAAUAUGACCUUUACUCCCAUUGUUUCCUUGCUUGAUGGUGUCCCUGGAUUAAAGCACUUGAGCAAAGCCAUUGACCUAUACUUGGAAUACAAGCCUCCUAUAGAGGAUUUACAAUAUUUUUUGGAGUUUCAAAUUUCUCGAGUUUGGGCCCCAGAACAGAGCAAUAUCCAAAGAAAGGAACCAGUUUGUCCGUCACUUCAGUUUAGUUUGAUGGGCCCGAAGCUUUACAUAAGUCCGGAGCAGGUGACAGUUGGACGCAAGCCCGUCACUGGACUCAAACUGAACUUAGAAGGUAGCAAGCAAAAUAGACUCGCAAUCCAUUUACAACACUUAGUCUCCCUUCCCAAAAUCCUCCAACCCCAUUGGGAUGCACAUAUGGCUAUAGGUGCACCCAAAUGGCAAGGUCCAGAAGAGCAAGACAGCCGGUGGUUCGAACCCAUCAAGUGGAAAAACUUCUCUCAUGUAAGUACAGCACCCAUAGAACACACUGAAACCUACAUUGGAGAUCUCUCUGGUGUCCACAUUGUCACAGGGGCCCAGUUUGGUGUGUGGGAUUUUGGGGCCCGAAGUGUCCUGCACCUCAAACUUCUCUUUUCCAAAGUACCUGGCUGUACCAUACGUCGGUCUGUAUGGGAUCAUAGCCCGACAAAUCUUCAAAAACAUGGUGAUGAUAAGGGAGAUAGUUCAAGUCAAUCUGGGAAGCUUGCAAAAAUCGUUGAUAUGACUGAAAUGUCAAAGGGUCCGCAAGACGUUCCAGGCCAUUGGUUAGUUACAGGGGCCAAGCUCGGUGUAGAUAAAGGAAGGAUCGUCCUACGAAUAAAGUACUCCUUACUGAACUACUAAAUGAUGGUGAUUGUGUUAUUCUUUGCACAGGCAAUCGUUAUUUGUUUUAUCUUGGUUCAUUUAGUGAAAUAGUAGAGAUUAUUUUGUUGGUUUAAGUGAAAGAGUUGUUAUGUAAGUUGGUAACAAAGGUGAAGUUACUUGUUUGAGUUUAUACAUGUAUAUGCUUUACACCACAAUAGAAGUUUUUUAGGAUUGUAAAUCGUUGUUGUGGAUGUGGAUGUUUCGCCAUCUGGACUAGAACGGGUAUUCUUUCAAUUAUGAGGCUAUAUUCGACAUUUA